UGAAGUCAGUCGCAACUCGCAAACUCGAAUUUUUUCAGUUUGUACGAGAUUUUUAUUUGUGACAUCUGUCUUUGACGGUAGAGAGCGAAACAGCGAAUAGUUUGUCGAAGUUUUUGCAGGAUCCAGAACUUAAGGUGGCUAUUUUGCAAGAAUCACUUGUUCUCUUCGGAAAGAAAGUGACGGAUGGUUUGAGGUUCUCCUGAGCUCUGGAUAAUGAUGAAUCAGUAUUCGGUCCCUCCACCUGGCGUCAGUGAAGCGCCCAGACCAGGACAGGAUGUAUGGCUGGAAGCCAAAGCUCCUGAUGGAAAGCCAUAUUACUAUCAUAUCACUACAAUGGCGACGGUAUGGACACUACCUCCGGGUGCUGAACUGUGGAAGCCCCCCGGCAGCGCCCCUCCCGUAGCCGCUGCCACGGAUUCGGCUGCCCCCGGUGGUGGAGCGGCGUCUCAGCCGCAGCCACUGGGAUCAGCCGCGCAGAAUGCCGUGGCGCAGGCACAGGCAGCCAGUCAGUACCAGCUUGGAGCUCAGCCUGUACCUGCUUCUACACUACCGUCCGUGUCUCUUCAGCAGCCCCCUCCGCAGCUGGCGCCGCAUCUCCAGCAACCACCUCCGGGCAUGAUGCCUGGUCACGGUGUUGCGCCACAUCCCCUCAAUCCCCAUCCGGCUGGCAUGUUGGGACCGGGUAUGCACAAUCCCAUGUUUGGUAUGGGAAUGCCGCCAGGGUUUAAUCCAUUUGCCCCAAUGAUGCCGCCAUCCAUGGUUAUGCCACAGGUUCAACGGGAUCCAGCUGAUUGGGCAGAGUAUGCUAAUCCAGGUGGUCGCAGUUAUUGGUAUAAUAGCAAAAUAAAUCAGCAUUCAUGGGAAAAGCCGUUGGAAGUAAUUCAGCACGAAGAACGGAAAAAAGCUGAAGCAGCUGCUGCUGAAGCCCAAGCCAAGGCAGGUCAGCCGGGGGAUGUCAAACCUGCGGAGGCCAAAAAGGAGGUCUCGACGAAGCCCAUUGCCACAAAAACGAUUCCAGGAACACCAUGGUGUAUUGUCUGGACGAAUGAUAAGAAAUCAUUCUUUCACAAUCCGACUACGAAAGCAUCCGUGUGGAAGCCGCCACCGGAGUUACAAGGUAUGAAGGAAGUGGAUGAUUUGUUAGCGCAAAUUCCAGAGGAUGCGACACCGGCUACGUCAGUUGAACCGGCGAAAACCGUCACCACGAAUGGAGAAACGAAUGGCGGAGUGAAACGCGACACGAGCGAAACGGUGGAGGAGCCAUCAGCCAAACGCGUACGCGCGAGUAGCGUGGAUGAGGGCAGCUUGAGUGAUGCCAGCAGCUCGGAUGCUGGUGCUUUAGCCUCAGCACCAAAAGCGUCCACCGGGAUACGCCGAGCGCCUCCGCCGCAAAAGCAAAAACCGAAAGAUCCAGCUGCGGAAGCGGAAUUGAAAGCGGCCAAGGAUCGUGAACAAAUUCUGGAUGAGCGAAUUCGCAGGUUUAAGGAGCUUCUACUUGAAAAAGACGUUUCGGCAUACAGCACUUGGGAGAAGGAGCUGCACAAGAUAGUAUUUGAUCCGCGUUAUUUAUUGUUAACCUCUAAGGACAGGCGAGAUGUUUUUGAUGACUUUAUGAAAGAGAAAGCGGACAGAGAGCGUGAGGAGAAGAAGAAGAAAAUUGGUGAAAUGCGGGAGAAUUUCAAAGCACUUAUGACGGAGGCCAACUUGUCAUUAAAAUCUACCUUCUCAGAUUUUUCAUCGAAAUAUGGUAAAGAUGAGCGUUAUAAAGGGAUUGAACGGAUGAAAGAACGGGAGACAAUGUUUGACGAUUUCAUGCACGAAUUGAGGAAAAAGGAGAAAGAGCUUAGACGUGCUGAGUCGGAUAAGAUUCGGUCAAAUUUUCUGGAGAUGCUGCAAGAAGUGCCGGGACUAACGCGCAAAUCUCAUUGGAGUGAUGUGAAGAAAACACUGCGCGAUGAUCCACGGUAUGAGCGCGUUGAUAGCAGCAACCAGCGUGAAGAAUGGUUUCGUGAUUAUGUGAAGACACUGGCCAAAAAGAAGGAAAAAGAGUCUGACACUGAAGAUAAGGAUAAGGAGAAGCAUGACGAGGAAGACGAAAAAGUGCGUCAAGACCGCGAUCGGCAAGAACGCGCCGAAGCUAGCAUGCGUGAACGCGAGCGACAGGUACAAGAGGAGAUGAGUAGCAUUACCAAAGACCGCGAAAAGGAACGCGAACAUCACCGCCACGAUGAGGCCGUCCAGCACUACAAAGCUCUGCUGACUGAUCUUAUUCGACAGACAGAUUUAACUUAUAAAGCUGCCCGGAAGAUCCUGAAAAAGGACGAGAGGUAUGAGUUGGCCGAUCCGUUAAAUAAACAUCAAAAGGAACAGAUAUACGACGAUCACCUGCACAACCUCAAUUCCAAGAAAAAGCAGACUUACCGGGAGCUACUGGAUGAAACAAACAUCCCAUUGGAUGCUCCGUGGAAAGAAGUACGGCGAAAAAUUCGUGAUGAUGUUCGCUACGGAAAAUUCUCUUCUAAGGAAUCGAAAUGUGAAAGUGAAUUCAAUAAGUAUAUCAAGGAUAAGAUCGAAAAGGCAUGGUACGAAUUUGAGGAUUUGUUGAAGGAAACUAAAUUGUUAGAUCAUAAAAGUAAGAGCCGCAUUGAAGAAUCAGAACAACACAUGAAGGACCUUGUGGAGAUCCUAAAGAAUGACGCGCGUUAUUUGAACCUGGAGCCGUUUUCGUACGACCGCAAGAAGAAGCUGAACGACUUCAUUGAACAGCUGGCUAAGCGCGGUCCACCGCCACCCCCGACGGCAUCGGAGCCCACUCGGCGCUCCGGCAAAUAGAUGGAGCGAUGUUAAUCAUUCCAUUCCACGGCUUUGUUAUGGAUUGUUUAUUGGCAUGUCGCGGGUUUUUGACAUUUUUUUGCAGGGAUUUCGCUUUGUGUCGUUGUAAAUGUCGUUGGAAGGGUUUUUGUUUUCUGCGUGCUGGUGCGGGUAGUGUGUGUUGUUUGUCAUCGGAAAUUGCACUUGGGUGUACUUUCAUUGUGGUCAGCUGGUUUUUUUGUUGUUCUUUUUGCGCUGAUAUUGAGCGAGGAUUGUAAUGUAAGCAUUCUGUGUGGUGGUUAAUUGCCGCAUUGGCUGCGAUUAUUCCGUCUGAUUUAUUAUUACGAAUUUAUGCGUGUUAAUAUAUAUUAAUAAAUCGGAUUUAUGCA